AUGUGCAGGACCUGCGUGUGCCUGUCCACCGGUGAAGAUGUCCUCCAUUGGGGUGCUAGGAUGAUGUUUGCAGCGGUCCAGAAGAAGGAGAUUUCCUUUGAGAUCUUUGUCAAUCACUUCAAGGAAAAUAAGGUGGAGAUAGCAAAUGCAAUAACAAAGCCAUUUCCUUUUCUUGAAAGCCUCAGAGACAAUUCUUUUAUCACUGAAAAGAUGUAUGCUGAUUCUCAAGAAGCUUGUAUAAACUUGAUUCCUGUACAGAGAGUUGUGUACCACGUUCUCUGCCACCUGGAGAAGGUGUUUGAUUGUUCAGUUCUGUCAGUCCUGUUCAGCAGGGUUAACUUGAAGGAGUAUCCUGAUUUAAUUGAGAUUCAUAAAAGCUUCAAAAAGGCGCUCCCCUUUUCCCAGAAAAGGGACGGAAAAAAGACACCCAAAAUGCCCAGCUUUCAGCCAAGCUGUAAACAAGGGGUCAUCCAUUCUGGAACCAGAACAGAAACCUCUGAGCCUGUCCGGGAUGUGAAGUCAACAUAUAUAAAGCCAGAACAUUCUAUCCUUGGCCCAGGUGAUGCUCUUGGAACACAGCAAGCAAACACAAGUACCCAAGUAGAAACCAGGGAACUCAAGGAUCUCCAAAUAAAAAAGGAGAGAGGGUCAGAAGAGAUGCCCAGUGGACGGCCACAUGGUAGACAAGUGAUCAGCAGUGAAGACUCUGAUUCCUGUGAGGGCGAAGAGACCCUGGAAGCCUCCAGCUCAGCAUCAAUGCCCAGGCCUGGUGAGAAGGACAAGGACCAUUUGUGCGGGGCUCCAGGACCUCAGACGUCUGAGUUCAGAGCAUCUGCUUCCUGAUGCGUUUCAACUGGAGUACACUCUGUAGAUCCAGUUAUCUCUUUUUCUGCUCUCACCUCACCUGGCACUUUGGGAAAUGGGGGAGGCAAUCUUCAUUGACUAUGGGUGCUCUGGUAUUGACAUUAGGUUAGAAAGAAGCCAGGAUAUUUUGUUGUUUUUCCCUUUCACAUUAAUCUGGUUUGAAUUUGUGUCCCCA